GACGUAUUUUCCGUUUGGCUGUAGGUGAGAGCCUGCUGCCCAGCCGCCAUCUUUAUUCUCUCAAGCUCGUAAAGCAGAGGAUUGAGGUGAAUCGGUGUGUCCCUCAUGUAAAUGAGGGCGCGGGCCUGACAGGACCUGCAGCAUCCAGCGCGAACAUGAGACCUAGAGCCAGCGAGGAACCAGUGUGCUGCUAAGGAGCUCGAUACAUACCUUACACACCCGCCAUAUUUAAUUUUCACUAACUCCCUGUCUGCAACAUGUCGUCCGCCCGUUUUGACUCGUCGGAUCGCUCUAGCUGGUAUUUCGGACCGGUAUCACGACAAGAGGCGCAGUCGCGACUUCAGGGACAACGUCACGGCGUGUUUUUGGUUCGGGACUCAUCUACCUGCCCUGGGGAUCAUGUGCUAUCAGUGUCCGAGAACUCGCGGGUCUCCCACUACAUUAUUAACUCACUGCCCGGCCGCAGGUACAAAAUUGGAGACCAGGAGUUCGAUAACCUGACAUCCUUGUUGGAUUUCUAUAAAAUUCACUACUUGGACACCACCACCUUGAUCGAGCCGGCGCCCAGGUAUCCAACUCCACCUGUGGGUACAGGUCAAGCACCAAAUUUACCUAUAUCAGAGGAAAACCUAGAAUAUGUAAGGACUCUAUAUGACUUCCCAGGGAACGAUGCAGAGGAUCUUCCAUUCAAGAAGGGAGAGAUUUUGGUAAUUGUAGAAAAGCCAGAAGAACAAUGGUGGAGUGCCCGGAACAAGGAAGGUCGUGCUGGAAUGAUCCCUGUUCCUUACGUGGAAAAGUUACCUCGUCCUGCUCUUCAUGGUAAAAUGGGCAACAGGAAUUCAAAUAGCUAUGGUAUCCCUGAACCUGCUCAUGCCUAUGCUCAACCUCAGACCCCAAGCCCCCUCCCUGUUUCCUCCACUCCUCCUGGUGCAGUCAUAAGCCCUUUACCUUCAAUGCAGAAUGGACCUGUCUAUGCUAAAGCUAUUCAGAAACGAGUGCCAUGCGCUUAUGACAAAACAGCUCUGGCAUUAGAGGUGGGUGAUCUAGUAAAAGUGACCAGGAUGAAUAUUAAUGGCCAGUGGGAAGGAGAAGUGAAUGGUCGUAAAGGGCUUUUUCCCUUCACACAUGUCAAAAUAAUUGACCCUCAGAAUCCGGACGAGAUUGAGUGACAAGUUUCUUCUUCCCGACCUGCUGCUGCUUCCUUUCUUUCCCUCCGCCUACUUGCAGAUCCUCUGUAAUUCCCCCUUGCCAUUUUAUUUGACUCCGUCUCGGACGCCUUUUAUUUGACACUUCUGAAAAUAACACUGCAAAGUUCACCUACUGACGCAUGUAACAUAGCUGUGUGUGUUCAUAACGCAAAGCUGCUUCUUACCACAUCCUCGAAGGCCCAAGCAAGCUUCAAGAGACUGAGGCCACACUGCCAACCUGGACAGGCCAUUCAGCUGCUAAUACUGCUCUUUUGCAUUGGAGAACAUGGCUUGUUUUGGGAGUUUUGAUGCUAGUGAAUUUCUAUCGAACAAAUUUAAAUUACCCUGAAUUAUCCUCAUAAGCGGACAGUGGGAUUUAAACCGUGCAUCACAGCUGUUAAUUUUGUAUUUUAAAUUGCUAUUUUCUAAGAAGCAGCACCUAAUCUUAACAUGGCAAUGUUUUUAUGUUAAGAGUAGAGUGGCCUCCUUUUACAGUGCUAAUCCUGUUGCUGUUAGAAGACCUGUAAAAUCUUAACACUGCAAACAUUUAAACCGGGGCCUUUAUUUACAAUGCACCUUGUGAAAUGUUCUGCUUGUUAGACAGGAGUUUUAAGACCUGUUUUUUUUCCUUUUUAUUAUAUGUAGGGUCUGUCACUAGCAGCAGGCUACUCCUUCCAGAAAAAACUCUUGGCCUUAUCAUAUAUAGUUAGAGCAGUGCUACGCUUGCAUCAUUUACUAACAAGGUCCUACCUGGUUCAGUCUUCAAUAUGUAUUAAGUGGCAAAUAUUUUUGCCUUCUCAAUUUUCAUGUUUUAAAUUAUGCUUCUAGCAAACUCCUUCCCAUUGCAGAAGUGUGUUUUGUUUUUUUGUUUUAUUAAAAAAGAGCACAAAGGGUAGAAAGAUUAUAACAUAAUGUUAGUUUUUUCUGAUUUCAGGAAAGAGUAGCUCAAAGAUGUCAGCAGACUUACUUCAUGAACUUGAUGCUAAUUGCAAAUUUUAUUUUUUUUGCCAAGGAUAUGGAAGACUUUCUAAUUGUGUGUUUUUUUGUUUUGUUUUUUGGUAGCCAACCGUUAUCAAAUUGCUUUUCUUGUUUGCUCCAGAUCAUGACCAUUCAGUAUAGAGAACAAUUCCUGGAAGGAUCUCCCACAUCUGUCUGCUUUGUGACAGCCCUACUGAUCAGAAUGUUUGUUUUUCUGUCAGGAGUGCAAUCAGUUUCUUCGGCUCUGCAUUUGUCUACUUCAUUUGUUUACGGUUGAGGCAAAUGUUGAAAGGGAAUGUGCCAUUUGAGGUGCCUAACCAAGCUGAUAGAGAUGGGGUAACUCAUUUUAUUUUUGUAAAGGGAGGAAUGUGUAUUUGUGCCAUUUUUUUUUCCUUGUAAAUUGUAAUUUUAUAUUAACCUGGGACUGUUUUCUCUCCGUUGACCCAAUGUAAUUAACGUUUAACUGUACUUUACCAAUUCAUUAAUAAUCUAUGUGCAGAUAACCUGUUUGCAUAUGAUUAUUAUUUUUUUCCUCUCCAUUUGUAAUUGACAUCCCAUUUUGGCAAAGUGACUUCACACAUACAAUAUUUUAAGCGUAUGCUUUUUAACUUUAUUUUAUUUGUGGGGGGGUCAUAGCUUUUUGAGUUUUAUUUUUUUGUGCUGUAAAAUUAACAGUAUUAAAUUACUUAUAUUCUUAGAAUA